CGGGGCUGUCUCUUAAAGGGCCCCCGGCCGCUGCCCUUAGGCCACUUCCUGGGGGCGGAGAGGACUUGAGCGGCUGCGGCAACACCGGGUGAAGGCGGCGGCGCCCGGGUCCCGAGACUCCCGGCUGCUCACAUCAGAGUCCUCGGACACUCCCAGCUCCGACUGAGCGUGCAUCUUCGCUCCCCAGCCAAUACCGAGGCACCUCCGCCAUCGGCUCCAGUCAGCCCAGCCUCCAUCUCCCGGGACCCGCGCCGGAGCCAGGCCAGGCCUCUGACUGGCCCCUGGAGCCCUACGUGGACUCGCCCACGGCGACAGCGAUCUGCCCGAGAACUCGGAAGCUAGACCCUUCAAAGAGUCGGCCUUGUGCUAGCCACCGUCACCUGCUGGUUGGAUUCCGGAAACCCACUAUUUGAAGACGACAGAAAGGAAUCGCAGACCACCCAGAAUCGGAUGCGUCUGGACCUAAAUCUUCGGCCCUCUCUGGCUUCGCUCUGCUCUUUUCAUCCGUUCUGUCAACCUUUCCGGUCUUUCUGUGCCCAGAAACCAUCCCCCACCAUCAAGGUACCUGGGGUGAGCCCUGAAUCUUGCUGUACUCCAACCUGUACCUCCAGCCCAGAGACAGACUGAACCUGACGACCAAAUUCCACACACUCAGGAAAUUCCACCUUUUCUCUUUCAGUGUCUCCAGUAUUCCUCAAAAUUUCCCCUCCUCCUGUGACCUCUUCGCCCCCCUCCUUUGGGGGCCCUGUGACCCUGAAUGUGGGGGGCACACUAUAUUCCACCACUUUGGAGACCCUGACUCGAUUCCCAGACUCUAUGCUGGGGGCCAUGUUUAGGGCCGGUACCCCCAUGACCCCCAACCUCAAUCCCCAGGGAGGCGGUCACUACUUCAUCGACCGAGAUGGCAAGGCCUUCCGGCACAUCCUCAAUUUCCUCCGGCUGGGCCGCCUGGACCUGCCCCGAGGAUAUGGAGAGACAGCGCUUCUCAGGGCAGAGGCUGACUUUUACCAGAUCCGCCCCCUCCUGGAUGCCCUGCGGGAACUGGAGGCCUCUCGCGGGACCCCAGCACCCACAGCCGCCCUGCUCCACGCAGAUGUAGAUAGCAGCCCCCGCCUGGUGCACUUCUCUGCUCGUCGGGGCCCACACCACUAUGAGCUGAGCUCUGUCCAGGUGGACACCUUCCGGGCCAACCUCUUCUGCACCGACCCUGAGUGUCUGGGUGCCAUGCGGGCCCGAUUUGGUGUAGCCAAUGAGGACAGGGCGGAGGGAGGCCCACACUUUCGCCUGGAGUGGGCCCCCUGCCCCGCAGAACUCCCCGAAGUGGAGUACAGGAGACUGGGGCUGCAGCCACUGUGGACUGGGGGGCCAGGAGAGCGACGGGAGGUGGUGGGCACACCAGGCUUCCUGGAGGAGGUGCUGCGGGUGGCUCUGGAGCACGGCUUCCGUCUCGACUCUGUCUUCCCUGACCCUGAAGACCUGCUCAACUCCCGAUCUCUGCGCUUCGUCCGGCACUAAGAACUGGGAAAGCUGCCCUCAGUUUGACUGGGGGCAGGGCGGGGCAGGGCGGUGGGAAGAAAAGAUGGGUCAGGAAAGGGGAUGAAGGCUCUCCUGAGGCCUCUUCCUACCUCUGCUUCGGGAGCUGUGAGAGUCAGGGAUCCACUGCACCUGACUGGAGUCCAUAUGUGGGCAGGAAUCCUCAAACCAGAGCCCACCAAAGGCUCACAAGACCAGAGGGUCUAGACGAGUGCUAAUCCUGGGAGGGGUGGGGAGGUUUCCUCAGGCAGUUUCUCACCUGAGCCGGGGAUCUCCAGUGUUUCUCGGUUAGAGCUCAGUGUUCAGGGGUCUGGAAAAGUGGGGAUGCUUCUCUGCCCAGGCUAGGCCUAGCAGAAUCAUAGAGGGACACUGAGGUCUGGGGGAAAGAGGGACUUUAGAUUGCUCUAACGUGGUUUCAUGGACUGUGAUUUCUCCUGGAGCUGGUGGCCCUGCCUGACCAAUGAGAGAUCAGAACACUCUGAAACAUGGGAAGGGAGAUUCUUUUGGCUGUGUCCCAAGCCUCCACUGAGGGAGACAGAAAGGCUACAUCCCACCCUGGGUUGGCAUAAAGGAGCUAGGAGGAUCCCCAUUAACUAUGGGGCUGGAGCAUCCCUCUGGAGAUCCCAGGGUUUAUAGAAUCCCACAUUGAUGGUAGGGCUGGCCAUGGGGAGCAGGUGGCAGCUUCUUGGGUCCUGGCCUUACUUCCUUCAUGCGUACGUGCGUGUCAGCCAGUGAGUCUGACUGAUGCAUGCAUCUCUGGCAUCCUGGCUCCCAUCUGUGUUGCUGGUGAUGGUGUCUGUGUGCGGUCUUUCUGUGGUCUCUGCAUGUCCAGUCCUGUUUGGGGUUGCCCGGCAACUGUUUUGACACCAGGUGUGUCUGUGGUAUAGGUGUGAGUAGACUGAGAAUUAAUUUAAUCACAAGGUGUGUGUGUGUGCACACAUGUGCUUGAUAUCACCACAUAGGCAGGAGGAGCCUGUUGGGGUUUGAGUCAAUAGGAUCUUCUGAUGAGAGGUAAGAGAAAAGUCACUGGGCUGAGCCUGGCCUUGGAGGCCUGUAUAGAACUCUUGGUUGCUAAGGCAACCAUGAGCCUGUUGCUAGGCGAUAGCUGGGGAAGGCCCAAGGCUGCCCAGGGCAGAGAGAACAGAAGUGUUUGAGAGAGUGGGGGAGGAUAUGGGAAGGGAUGGGAUUUCUGGAUCCCUGAGGGGAUGGGAUGUUAACAAACAACUUCUUCACUGGGGGAGUCACAUUAUUUAUCACUGGUCAUGAUUUACAAGAAGAAAAAUAAAAUUGCUUUUGGAACCACACAGAAA